AAACCUCGCCUGGCUCCCAGCUGGUGCUGAAGCUCGUCCGUUCACCAUCCGCCCUCGGCUUCCGCGGGGCGCUGGGCCGCCAGCCUCGGCACCGUCCUUUCCUUUCUCCCUCGCGUUAGGUAAGCCCGCGCCCUCUUCUCCCAGGCGCGACGCGGAGCAGAAAGGGGCCGCCCGUGCGGUGCCGCUGGAGCGCCAGGACCGCCCUUUGUAGCCCCGCGGACUCCAGGAGUAAGCGCCCCGGAGCUGCAAGUGCGCGGUCACCCCGGGGCGCGGGCGCGAGGGGGCUUUGGGUGCAGACACCGCUGAAGUGGGGGGUUCAAUUACGGAAAGGGAGGAAAAAAAGACAGGGUCCCAUUCAUCUCCCCCCUAGCUGGGGAUUGGGGUUCUGGAGGUCGGGAAGGGGGCGAUGAGACGGUCCGAAAAAAUACCAGGAUAGCGUUUCCUGGCGUCGUCUCCGAAUCCCAGCUGGCGCCGCUGGCAGGGGUGCGCGCUGGACGUGGGUGCAGAAGGGACUAGGCAGGUGACAGCAGGGACAUGUCUCGGGAGAUGCAGGACGUAGACCUCGCUGAGGUGAAGCCUUUGGUGGAGAAAGGGGAGACCAUCACCGGCCUCCUGCAAGAGUUUGAUGUCCAGGAGCAGGACAUCGAGACUUUACAUGGCUCUGUUCACGUCACGCUGUGUGGGACUCCCAAGGGAAACCGGCCUGUCAUCCUCACCUACCAUGACAUCGGCAUGAACCACAAAACCUGCUACAACCCCCUCUUCAACUACGAGGACAUGCAGGAGAUCACCCAGCACUUUGCCGUCUGCCACGUGGACGCCCCUGGCCAGCAGGACGGCGCAGCCUCCUUCCCCGCAGGGUACAUGUACCCCUCCAUGGAUCAGCUGGCUGAAAUGCUUCCUGGAGUCCUUCAACAGUUUGGGCUGAAAAGCAUUAUUGGCAUGGGAACAGGAGCAGGCGCCUACAUCCUAACUCGAUUUGCUCUAAACAACCCUGAGAUGGUGGAGGGCCUCGUCCUUAUCAACGUGAACCCUUGUGCGGAAGGCUGGAUGGACUGGGCCGCCUCCAAGAUCUCCGGAUGGACCCAAGCCCUGCCGGACAUGGUAGUGUCCCACCUCUUUGGGAAGGAAGAAAUGCAGAGUAACGUGGAAGUGGUCCACACCUACCGCCAGCACAUUGUGAAUGACAUGAACCCCGGCAACCUGCACCUGUUCAUCAGUGCCUACAACAGCCGGCGCGACCUGGAGAUUGAGCGACCAAUGCCGGGAACCCACACAGUCACCCUGCAGUGCCCUGCUCUGUUGGUGGUUGGGGACAGCUCGCCUGCAGUGGAUGCCGUGGUGGAGUGCAACUCAAAAUUAGACCCAACAAAGACCACUCUCCUCAAGAUGGCGGACUGUGGCGGCCUCCCGCAGAUCUCCCAGCCGGCCAAGCUCGCUGAGGCCUUCAAGUACUUCGUGCAGGGCAUGGGAUACAUGCCCUCGGCUAGCAUGACCCGCCUGAUGCGGUCCCGCACAGCCUCUGGUUCCAGCGUCACUUCUCUGGAUGGCACCCGCAGCCGCUCCCACACCAGCGAGGGCACCCGAAGCCGCUCCCACACCAGCGAGGGCACCCGCAGCCGCUCCCACACCAGCGAGGGGGCCCACCUGGACAUCACCCCCAACUCGGGUGCUGCUGGGAACAACGCCGGGCCCAAGUCCAUGGAGGUCUCCUGCUAGGCGGCCUGCCCAGCUGCCGCCCCCGGACUCUGAUCUCUGUAGUGGCCCCCUCCUCCCCAGCCCCUUUUCGCCCCCUGCCUGCCACACUGCGCCUAACUCGGUAUUAAUCCAAAGCUUAUUUUGUAAGAGUGAGCUCUGGUGGAGACAAAUGGGGUCUAUUACGUGGGUGCCCUCUCCAAAGGCGGGGUGGCGGUGGACCAAAGGAAGGAAGCAAGCAUCUCCGCAUCGCAUCCUCUUCCAUUAACUAGUGGCCUGUUGCCACUCUCCUCCCCUCCCUCAGAGACACCAAACUGCCAAAAACAAGACACGUAGCAGCACACACUUCACAAAGCCAAGCCUAGGCUGCCCUGAGCAUCCUGGUUCAAACGGGUGCCUGGUCAGAAGGCCAGCCGCCCACUUCCCGUUUCCUCUUUAACUGAGGAGAAGCUGAUCCAGUUUCCGCAAACAAAAUCCUUUUCUCAUUUGGGGAGGGGGGUAAUAGUGACAUGCAGGCACCUCUUUUAAACAGGCAGAACAGGAAAGGGGAAAAGGUGGGAUUUAUGUCGAGGCUAGAGGAAUUUGGAACAACAAAUCUGUGUAGUUAACUUGAAGAAACCGAUUUUUAAAGUUGGUGCGUCUAGAAAGCUUUGAAUGCAGAAGCAAACAAGCUUGAUUUUUCUAGCAUCCUCUUAAUGUGCUGCAAAAGCAGGCAACAAAAUCUGGCUUUACAGACAAAAAUAUUUCAGCAAACGUUGGGCAUCAUGGUUUUUGAAGGCUUUAGUUCUGCUUUCUGCCUCUCCUCCACAGCCCCAACCUCCCACCCCUGAUACAUGAGCCAGUGAUUAUUCUUGUUCAGGGAGAAGAUCAUUUAGAUUUGUUUUGCAUUCCUUAGAAUGGAGGGCAACAUUCCACAGCUGCCCUGGCUGUGAUGAGUGUCCUUGCAGGGGCCGGGGUAGGAGCACUGGGGUGGGGCGGAAUUGGGGUUACUCGAUGUAAGGGAUUCCUUAUGGUUGUGUUGAGAUCCAGUGCAGUUGUGAUUUCUGUGGAUCCCAGCUUGGUUCCAGGAAUUUUGUGUGAUUGGCUUAAAUCCAGUUUUCAAUCUUCGACAGCUGGGCUGGAACGUGAACUCAGUAGCUGAACCUGUCUGACCCGGUCACGUUCUUGGAUCCUCAGAACUCUUUGCUCUUGUCGGGGUGGGGGGUGGGAACUCACGUGGGGAGCGGUGGCUGAGAAAAUGUAAGGAUUCUGGAAUACGUAUUCCAUGGGACUUUCCUUCCCUCUCCUGCUUCCUCUUUUCCCGCUCCCUAACCUUUCGCCGAAUGGGGCAGCACCACUGACGUUUCUGGGUGGCCAGUGCGGCUGCCAGGUUCCUGUACUACUGCCUUGUACUUUUCAUUUUGGCUCACCGUGGAUUUUCUCAUAGGAAGUUUGGUCGGAGUGAAUUGAAUAUUGUAAGUCAGCCACUGGGACCCGAGGAUUUCUGGGACCCCGCAGUUGGGAGGAGGAAGUAGUCCAGCCUUCCAGGUGGCGUGAGAGGCAAUGACUCGUUACCUGCCGCCCAUCACCUUGGAGGCCUUCCCUGGCCUUGAGUAGAAAAGUCGGGGAUCGGGGCAAGAGAGGCUGAGUACGGAUGGGAAACUAUUGUGCACAAGUCUUUCCAGAGGAAUUUCUUAAUGAGAUAUUUGUAUUUAUUUCCAGACCAAUAAAUUUGUAACUUUGCA